CACCGUCUGACCAGGACGUCAGAAGUAUCUGGCGUGACCCAAGGCAAUCAUCCCAAGAGGCCUGGAACUGUGUCCGCUAAGAUGGAUCGACCAGAACCCACCAGCCCUUCGGAACCACAGAGUGAGACUGGUCUCUGCUACCAGGGCCGAUGCCCAACUCGAAUCCGACGUUGCCAGGCCAUAUGGGGAAAUGGAGCAGAGCCUGCUGAGGGAUUCCGGUGUGCUAACAGCUUCCUUGGUGGGGAAGGAAAAUCGCCUGUCGGGGAUAAAAUAGAGGACGCAGCUUGCGGCAAACUGUUCUGCCAAGGCGGUGAGCCGGUUCCAGUUCUUGAAGCCGCCAGAAUGGCUCAUUAUGUGGUCGCUUCAACCAAGGCUGGGGAAUGCAAGUAA